AGGGCUCGACCCCUCCCGGCCCCGGCGCCGCCCCGCGUCGGAACCCGAGGGCGGCAGGAGCCGUUUCCCCCUUAAAGAGGGGGAAGAGUUUCGCGAGAGCACACAGGAAGGGCCAGGCGCCGAGCGGCGGACCGCGGAGAAGAUGACUGCAUUCUUUAAAACACUGCGAAAUCAUUGGAAGAAGACGACAGCUGGGCUCUGUUUGCUGACAUGGGGAGGUCACUGGCUCUAUGGAAAGCACUGUGAUAACCUGCUAAGAAGAGCAGCCUGUCAAGAAGCCCAGGUGUUUGGCAACCAGCUCAUUCCUCCCAAUGCACAAGUGAAGAAAGCCACGGUCUUUCUCAACCCUGCAGCGUGCAAAGGGAAAGCCAGAUCUCUAUUUGAAAAAAAUGCUGCCCCAAUUUUACACCUAUCUGGCAUGGAUGUGACUGUUGUCAAGACAGAUUAUGAGGGACAAGCCAAGAAGCUCCUGGAAUUGAUGGAAAGCACGGAUGUGAUCAUUGUUGCUGGAGGAGAUGGGACACUGCAGGAGGUUGUUACUGGAGUACUUCGAAGAACAGAUGAGGCUACCUUCAGUAAGAUUCCAAUUGGAUUUAUCCCGCUGGGACAGACCAGUAGUUUGAGUCACACCCUCUUUGCCGAAAGUGGAAACAAAGUCCAACACAUCACGGACGCCACACUCGCCAUUGUGAAAGGAGAGACGGUCCCACUCGAUGUCUUGCAGAUCAAGGGCGAAAAGGAACAGCCUGUAUUUGCAAUGACUGGCCUCCGAUGGGGAUCCUUCAGAGACGCUGGCGUCAACGUUAGCAAGUACUGGUAUCUUGGUCCACUAAAAACUAAAGCAGCACAUUUUUUCAGCACUCUUAAGGAGUGGCCUCAGACCCAUCAGGCCUCCAUCUCUUACACGGGACCUACAGAAAGACCUCCCUGUGAGCCUGAAGAGACCCCUUGCCGUCCUUCUUUGUACAGGAGAAUAUUACGAAGGCUUGCCUCAUUCUGGGCACAGCCACAGGAUGCCUUUUCCCGAGAGGUGAGCCCACAGGUCUGGAAAGAUGUACAACUGUCCACCAUUGAGCUGUCCAUCACAACCCGAAACAGCCAACUUGACUUGAUGGGCAAAGAAGACUUUAUGAACAUUUGCAUUGAACCUGAUACUGUCAGCAAAGGAGAUUUCAUAACUAUAGGAAGUAAGAAGACGAGAGACCCUGGCCUACGAGCAGCUGGUACCGAGUGUCUCCAGGCCAGCCACUGCACUCUGCUGCUUCCUGAGGGGACUCGGGGCUCCUUCAGCAUCGACAGCGAGGAGUACGAAGCCAUGCCUGUGCAGGUGAAACUGCUUCCCAGGAAACUGCGCUUCUUCUGUGACCCACGGAAGAGAGAGCAGAUGCUGCAGAGCUCGGCGCAGUGAGCCGGCCGCAGCGCGGCGCUCCCAGGCUGCGCCUGCAGCCACCAGUGGGACCACAAGCGACGGCGUGCUUCCUCUGGCUCCAGUGUUGUCGCCAGACCCCGAGGGAAUUUCCUCGGCAAGUACUCCUGCCCCCUCCUCCUGUGCCUGCGGGCACAUACACCCUGUCCCCCGGCUGGAGAUCAGCGUUCUGUUAGCCCGGGCUUUCCUCGUGUUGUGACCCCCCCCUACACACACACGCACACGCACACGCACACGCACACGCACACACACACACACACACACACACACACAGGUUCUCUCAGGCCGGUCAAGGAAGUCCUUGCUCUCGGUGAGUUGGAAACGGCUGGGAUUUUGCGAUCGCCCCACAGUGGAGAGUGGAUGUGUACACUGAGCUACUUACGGUCCCAGUUUUUGGCCGUCCUAGGCAUCCAAGGGAAGCAGCUGCCUUCUGGGCUCUCGUGGGUGCGAACCUCCGUGGACUCCACCUUGGUUGAUCUCAACCUGGAAAGCAGACGUGAGCUUUGUUCCCUUUUCAGCAUGGCUAACAUUAUAAGAUGCUAUUUAAAAAACCAACCAGGGCUUCUUCGUUGUUAGUUUCCAUGUGUUCUACUGAGGCCCAUGCUUAACUAACUGACCUGGGCCCACCCCCCCAACGUGUAACUCAACCUGGCAGGGAUCUUCAUUGUAAAAGGCUGCUUCCCAGGUGAAUCAACCAGACCUGGAGAAUGUAUUUCAAAAGGAUUUCAUAAACUUCUGGUUUUCCCAAGUGUAUUGUAUAUAUUUUUUAAAAAUCACGUAUUCAUGUUGUGACAUCUAUCAUUUCCCAUGGGAAGUUAAACACUUGUCUAGUGCUGUGUAAAUACUGUUGUUUAAAAAUAAAAAGUGUUUCCUCAUUCUUUUAAACAUAUCCAGUGUAACUUAAAUGUACCUCUCAUUUAUUUAUAUAAAUAAACUCAUUAUUAAAUUA